AGGGAGGAACAUGGCGCAGGAGACCAACCAGAGCCAAGUGCCUAUGUUGUGCCCGACAGGCUGCGGUUUCUACGGGAACCCCCGGACGAACGGAAUGUGUUCCGUCUGCUACAAAGAGUUCCUGCAGCGACAGAACAGCAGUGAGAGAAUAAGCCCACCGGGAGCCACAGCGAGUAACGCGCCUUCAGAUCCAGCGCUAGUUCAGAGUACAGAGGCCAGCCCGCAGGACCCGUCGCCUGUAGCCGUCGCUGCCAUCUCCUCGUCGGGAUCGGGCACCUUGGAGAGUACCAGCCAAGCAUUGCAGAUGGCCACUUCGGAGAGUAAAGAGGCGGCAAAGGAGGAGAAGUUGGAAGCUUCCUCGUCGGCGGCGGAUGAUCCCCAGGGAUCCCAGGAAGACUCGGAAAAAUCCCCAGAGAAGAACAAGAAACGGAAUCGGUGUUUCCUGUGCAAGAAAAAGGUCGGACUAACGGGGUUCGAGUGCCGGUGCGGGAACCUGUACUGCUCCGUCCAUCGGUACUCAGACAUGCAUGACUGCCGCUUCGAUUACAAAGCAGAUGCUGCGGAGAAGAUCCGGAGGGAAAACCCCAUGGUGGUUGGGGAAAAGCUGCAGAAGAUUUAGAGAGGAGAAAGGAGAAUGUUUGGGAAUAAACCCUGUUUCUGCAUGA